GUUUAAUAUACUAAGAAAUCCCAAACUGCUGCAUCCCUGUCCAUAUGAAUCUUCCCAGAAAAUUUCCGCGGCUGUUGCUGCCAACUCCAACGUCCCAGUCUUGAACCUUCCAGGAAGCCAGGAGACCGCAGCCGGAGAGCAAAGAAAAGGCAAUAUGGCCAAUGGAGAAGGUUUCAAAUCCCUGGCGGAACAGGUCGCAGAACUGGAAGGAAACCCUUUACCAGAAUAUGACCCCGAAAAUAUCGAGCAAUACGACAGUGACGAUUCGUCUCCCGGUGGGAAGGAUGAUUCGCUCGCCAGGGAGCAUUACGAAGCAGUCGGCAAAAGUAAAUUACGAAAGCGCGAGAUCGCAACGCUCGGUCCACAGUAUGCGGGAUCACGCAUAACGCGGGAUACGAUCGAGGAGGAGGACGACGAUUCGGAUGAUCCGUUUGCCAAAGGACGGUUUGACAGCAACAGCGACAGCGACAGCGAGCCCGAGAAUCUGGGGCCCGCCACCCGCCGAACCGCGACGAAUAGCGUGAAGGAUGCUGGAUCGGAUUCGCAGGAGGAGGACGAUGAGGAUAUGGAGGAGAGAUCGGACGGUAGUGAAGCGGGCGCGCAAUCCGAUUCCGAAGACCUCGAAUCCGACGACGAGGAUGAUGAUCAAAGCAUGGACGAUGCGACGAUGGACGGCCCGGCCACCGAUGGGGCAGAUCGCGCCGAAUUGCGGAGGAUCAUGGGCGAGGAGCAGAAGCAGGUCACGGCGGCCAUCAAUGAAGCCGCGAAGGGAGAUGUUGCCAAAGGACUGGCCGUUCAAUCGCAGCGACAAACGUUCGAUACGCUGUUGAAUACCCGCAUGCGGUUGCAAAAGGCUUUGAUCAGCACGAACUCUUUAGCGCCGUCAGGCCUUCCCGAGGACUCUAAAGAAUCUCUCCUCGAGCAAGAGGACGCCGUCCGUUCAGCCGAGACGGCCGCGCUGAGCCUUUGGACCGCCCUGAACGAAUUGCGGAACGCGCUAUCUACAACCGACAACGCCACGAGGAACGGAGCCCCUGCAAAAGCCGUCGACCUAGACGAUGCCGCGUCCAUGUGGUCCACUAUGAGCCAUCACGAAUCACUGGCCGUUGGCCAGCGCAAAGCAACCCUUCAGAAAUGGUCCCAUAAAACCCGCAGCAUCGCCCCCGCCAACGCCUCGCGAUCGAAGUUCUCCUCGAACCACCGGGAAACCACCCUGCUCGAUACUCUCCAGUCGCACAUCACCGAUCCCUCACGCCUGGCGCGGACCCGCGUCCCGCGCUCCUGCGCCCCCGUUCAAGCAUCCAAAGGCAUCGAAGCCACCUCCGACGUCUACGACGACGCGGACUUCUACUCCACGCUCCUCCAAGAGCUGCUCUCGCGCCGUGGGGCCGCAAUGGAUUUUGACCCUGGGACGUUCUCGGCGAUGAAGCGGUCGAGCAGCACGAAGGUGAAUAAGCGGGACGUGGACCGGAAAGCGAGCCGAGGGCGGAAGCUGAAGUAUACGGUGCAUGAGAAGUUGGUGAGCUUCAUGGCACCGGAUGCGAGGGGGAGUUGGGGGGAGAGGAGGAGUCGGGAGUUGUUUGGGGGGUUGUUUGGGCAGAGGUUGGGGUUGGACGAGGCGGAGGAGGAGCAGGAGGAGGGAGAGGAGAGCGACGGGUUGGAUGCAUUGGAAGAAGGACUGCGGUUGUUCCGAAGUUGAACACUACUACUCCAUUACCCUCGUAUCAUCAAUACCAUUUGCCUGGAAAAACACUACGUUGGUCUCCCCAUUUCCUCACAGUUCCCAACCAUGAAGCCUGGUAACGCCAAAACAAUAACCCGAGCAUCGAUCCACUUAUUCCCAAU